AUGGCUGCCAACUCCAAGGACCCCAACAUCCAACUCUUGGUCUUCAACGGGAACAAGAAAGGCUUCCGCGUGUGGACCCAGAAGUUCGUACAGCACCUCAAGGCACUGACCACUGCAAAGGUUGGCCUAUGGUUGGCUAAUCAGACGAGCCGACCUGAGCCGAAGAUCAAGUUCGAAGACUGGCUUUCUGGCGAGCCCCCCGUGGUACAUGGCGCGAACGAAUCUGAGCAACGGCGAAGUCUGCUCAGCAAGGUCCUCCCCAACGCCUUUACUCAGCAAUUCAAGGACGCCUUUGGUGAAGACCAGCCCGUGCACCUACUCUGGGCCGCCGUCGAGAAGCGUUAUGGGGAGUCGAACGUCAACACGAGAUAUGAUCAGUGA